AUAUCCUGUCGACGCAGCUUGAAGAUUAGGACCCCGAGUAGUCAAGGAAUCGGCACUCUUUGCUCUCAUCGUACCGAUUAAAGAGUCUAGCCAAUGCAUUCAUUUUUCCCAUACACAUUUUACCAGAAACUUGGUUGUAAAGAGGCUGAGUCAGGCAGUUCUUACUUCUGCGUCUGCGAGUCGAGUUCUUAGUUCCGAGUUCUUUUCUGGCUUAUCCCGAGACACCUAUGAGUCUGGGGCUUCACGCUCGCCGUCUUUAAGUGGACAGCGCGCAUGCGUCAACUUCCUCUUUCCCGGCUGGAACCAUGGAGGGUGCAGAAGAGAAGAAAAAGAAGGUUCCUGCUGUGCCAGAAACCCUUAAGAAAAAGCGAAAGAAUUUCGCAGAGCUUAAGAUCAAGCGCCUGAGAAAGAAGUUUGCCCAAAAGAUGCUUCGAAAGGCAAGGAGGAAGCUUAUUUAUGAAAAGGCUAAGCAUUACCACAAGGAAUACAGGCAGAUGUACAGAACCGAAAUUCGAAUGGCUAGGAUGGCACGGAAAGCUGGCAACUUCUAUGUACCCGCGGAACCCAAAUUGGCAUUUGUCAUCAGGAUCAGAGGUAUCAACGGUGUGAGCCCAAAGGUUCGAAAGGUGCUGCAGCUCCUUCGCCUCCGGCAGAUCUUCAAUGGCACCUUUGUGAAGCUCAACAAGGCAUCAAUUAACAUGCUGAGAAUUGUGGAGCCAUACAUUGCAUGGGGGUACCCAAAUCUGAAGUCUGUAAAUGAAUUGAUCUACAAGCGUGGUUAUGGCAAAAUCAACAAAAAGCGAAUUGCCCUGACAGACAACGCAUUGAUUGCUCGAUCUCUUGGGAAAUACGGAAUCAUCUGCAUGGAGGAUCUGAUUCAUGAGAUCUAUACUGUUGGAAAACGUUUCAAAGAAGCAAACAACUUCCUGUGGCCCUUUAAAUUGUCUUCUCCACGAGGUGGAAUGAAGAAAAAGACCACCCAUUUUGUAGAGGGUGGAGAUGCUGGCAACAGGGAAGACCAGAUCAACAGGCUUAUUAGAAGGAUGAACUAAGGUAUCUACCAGGAUUAUUUUUGUAAUCUGGUCCGUUAAUAAACAAUUGAAACAAA